AUGGGAAAGUCAAGAAAAAAAUCUAAACAACAACCCCGUGGAUCGUCGAAUACGUCUUUGGUGGUCCAAGAUUUGGCAAGAGAUUCAAGUUCUAGAAUCGAGAUGAACAGGUCGUCCCGAAAAAGGUCUCGCUUUGAAUCGUCGCGCAUGGGAAACCAGACGAAAAUCUUCGCCUCGAUGUGCCCCGACGAAAUACUCGACCAUUACGACGACUACGACACCAGAAGUUACAAAACCACCUUGAUGCUGGGCGACGUAUCCGGCUUCACGGACAUGACGGAAAAGCUCACAAAGUCGGACAAGGGCGGCCCGUCCAAGCUCACGGACACGCUCAACAGCUACAUCGGGCCGAUGGUCCAGGAGAUCCUGUCGCACGGCGGCGACGUGCUCAAGUUUUCCGGCGACGCGUUCAUCGUCAUGUGGAAGCUCGAGGCUGGUGGGGUCAUGCGGGACAUCGCCACCGAGGCCAUUAAAACCGCCUGCGUGAUACAGAAACACUUUGGCACCUACGAGACCGAGAUCGACGUCGAGCUCAAAGUGAAACUGGCGAUAGCCUCGGGAAAGACGUACUUCACGUCCAUCGGGAAUCCCGACUUGAUGUCUUACUACAUAAUAACAGGAAAGCCAGUUUGGGAGGUGAAAUUCGCCGAAGGCUUGUGCCAAGGCGGUGACAUCCUCGUGGCGCCGAGUUGUUGGCAGCACGUCAACCAAAGCGAGUACAUUCACGAGCUGUUGCCCGAUCACAUCCACACGAGAAUCAUAUCGUUGUCUGUUUUGUGGGAGAACAUCAACAAGCACACUUACGAACAUCAUCGCAGUGCCGACACUUCGUCAUCGUCCAACAGUUCUGAUGGUUCCAACGAGUCGAGUGUUUUUUCGAACCUAUCGGAGGACAACAUCUCGUCCUCCUCGACGUCCCUUCUGCACUCCAGCCUGUACCAAAGCUAUUCCAACGAGGAAGCCAUAGAUUACAGCCUCCGUCCAAAGCUGAUAAGAGCUGCGAGAGCGAAACUGGGCAAAAAACUGCGCAGCUAUGUCCUUCGACCUGUGAUACGAUCGGUCGAGAUGGACGAGCCGCUGGAGUACCUAACCGAGAUCCGCCAGGUCGUCAUCGUCUUCGUGAACGUCAUCACCGAGGAGAUCAACCGAAAGACCCUCAUCAAACUAGUCGACGCAACGUUUUCCUUUGUCUGCGGUAUAGUGGGCGAGAUGCAGGGUUGCGUGAACAAGACGUCGCUCUUCGACAAGGACCUGAUAUUCCUGUGCAUCUUUGGACUCCGGGGCGAUAAGCACGAGCUCGAGUCCCAGAUCGGGCUCAGGUGCGCGUUGAAGCUACGCCGUGGACUCGCCAAGUACCAGUACGUCCAGUCGGUGACAGUCGGCGUGACGACCGGCAUGACGUACUGCGGCGUCGUUGGCCACGUGCUCAGGCGCGAGUACACGGUCAUCGGCAUGGCCGUCAACAAAGCCGCUAGGCUCAUGUGCGCUUACAGCAACAAGGUGGUCUGCGAUCGCGAGAGUUUCCUGCUGUCCCAUCUCGAGGCCAAGCACUUUGUUUUGCAGGAGCCAAAGGAGCUCAAGGGAAUCACGAACGUCGGUCCUAUAUACGAGUUUUUUGAGCAGACUGGUGCCGUUGACAACGAUGUGCACAUAAGUAAGUACCCGUUGCUGGAUCGUGACGCUCAGCUCGAAACUUUUCACGAGAUGAUGGAAAAAGUCGUCGACAGCCACGCCCACGCGGACGAAGAGGAGAUCAGGGGCGAUGUUUUGAUACUGAGAGGCGAUCCGAGAAUGGGAAAAACGCGAUUGCUCGAGGAAAUGUCCCACCUUACCCCCGCCCACGUCAUGGUGAACUUUAUAGCCUUGGCUCCCUACGACAACCAAUUGUCGUUCAUCCUCCUGCGUCUGAUAUUCGACGGUUUGCUCGACAUCCGAGACGCCUCGGCCCACGAAGAGCGCCAGAACCAAAUAUACAGCCGAUUCCCCGAUACCGAUCGGUCCCACCUCUGCGCCUUGAAUCGCGCGUUCAACGUCACCUUCCGUGAAACCGACGAGUUCCUGGCCUACGAGCCGCGCAAACGCAACGACCUGCUCAAGAAAUUGCUGAAAACACUGACGCGCCGGUGUUUCGAGGCCGCGUGGCUGGUGAUGGUUGACGACGCCGAACUCGCGGACGAGGAGUCGCUCGCGCUCUUGCCCACCGUCGUCAAGCACAGCGGGGCCCUGUUUGUCCUGGCCUACGGCAACAAACUGUCCAGGUCCUACGCAUUGCCCGAAAAAAUCGUCGACAUGGCUCGGGUAGUCGACAUCCAGGGUAUAGACAAGUGGUACCACGCGGCGCUCGCUUGCCAGAUACUCAACGUCGUGGCCAUUCCCGUCGAGCUGGAAAAAGUGAUCCAGGAGAGAAGUUGGGGCAACCCCGGUUGGAUAGAGAGCUACCUGGUCAGUCUGAUUCAGUUGCAGGGCGUGGCCAUCGAGAGCCUGACGAGGCGCGAGCUCGAGGACGCGGGCCUCGUCGAGCCGUCCUCGAAGAUGCUCAAAAGGCCAUCGGGUCAGCCGAUUUUCAAAGCGCGCUCGUUCGACGCGAUCGAUCGGGACAUGUGGAAGAUGUACAAAUCGACGUACAGGGUGAGCGACUUUGACAAGAGCAGGGACGCCAGUAGGAAGAAGCGGGACAACGAGGCCAAGUACAGCGUGUGCGUGCUCACCUCGAGAUUUGCGGUGGAAGACGUUGACUCCGAGACCACGAUGGACACCAUCCUCAUAAAACUGUACGACUCCCUGACGCCGUUGGAUCAGUUCUUGCUGAAGUGCGCGGCUGUCCUGGGGGAGAUUGUCGACCGAAAAAUGCUCGAGCGACUCAUGCAAGGAACACCCGAGCGCGACGUAGCUCUCAGUAUCGUCAAGCUUUUCGAGCUGCGAAUAAUCGGCUGUACCGUCGGAGACUUCACCAGGAGCCCCGGCCCGGCCAUGCUGUUCAAAAAGCUCCACAAUCCCAGCCUGCAGGUUCAAGUGCGCUGCGGUUGCAAGGGUGUCGUUGUACGGCCUGCCCUCGCCGAUUUGCCGAAUUACGCGGCUUGCGGCAUGAUGAGGUUCAAACUCGACAUGUUCCGCGAGACGACUUACAGGUUACUAACCGAGAACCAGAAAGUCGAGUUCCACAGCAAGGCCCUGCGCUACCUCCAACAGAAUACCCGGCGUUGCGCGUCCUGCGGUGGCGGCCAGUUCAACAAGCUGCUCGGCAAGACAGUCCUCGUCGAAACAGCGAGGAAGCGAUCGCAGAUAACCGACCCCAUGCUUCUCGAGCUCAAAGAUUCCUCCACCGACUUGGCCAACUUCAGCGACGACGUCACCCAGUGGAACGACGACAACGCUGGUAGAACAAAGGAAAAAAAUUCUCUGGCAGAAAAUCACAAGUACGGCGAUGGACUGUCUUGGUUCCGGGCCUGUCGGCCGAUCGAGAAAUCGCCGACGCGGGUCUUUUCCCAGGUCGAUUUCACCAACUGCCAGUGCAACUUGAUCCUUUUGACCGUCUACACCCACGUGAUGGAGCACUGUCGCGGUAUAGGGAUCAAACCGUUGUUGCUGGUCGCGAUUCUUGAAUUCGUUGAGGUCUGCAUCUCGACCCUCAACAUACCCCAAGCUACGAAGUUACUCCACGAGGCCGACAAACUCAUCGACUUGGUGUACGAUUCAUCCGAGGAUGGGCUGGUGGUGUUGCCCUGCCUGAAGGGCAAAGUGCAAACAUUUCGGGGCCAGUGCUUCCUGGAGAGCGGCCUCACGGCCGAGGCGAUGCUGUGCUUCGAGGCGACCUUGAAGAUCAUGGGCUACGCCUUUCCGAAGAAUCGCGUCUCCAUCGGCCUGAAAUCGGCGUACCUGCUGCAACAACAGUUCCUCAUGCUCAACUGCCUGAGGAGGUUCAAGGUCGGGAGCCUCAGAGACGACGGGGCCAGGUACAACGACCAGUUUGCCAGUUGCCUCGCGCAGAUGUUCAUCGUUUACAGGAUGAAGGGGAUGCACGAUCACGCGAAGCUGGCCGCGAUCUGGGGCUUGAACGUGGCGCUCGAGUCGAGCAAGGAUUUUUUCGUGCUGUGCACGUCGUACGCCCACAUGAUGAUCACCGCGCAGGCCAACCAGUACAACGCGAUAAUACCACUGCUGGAGACGGAGGCCAUAAACUUGUGCAACCAGCGCGAUGACUCGAUAGAGCUGCAGGAGCUGAACGCCGUGGCCAAGCUCUACAUGGGGAUUUUUCGCUCGAGGUGGGUGCGGGGUUUGAGACAAUCGGCCGCGAGUAUCGGCUACGUGGCCGAGAGGCUCGCCACGACGACGCGCUUGGUCGACCUCAAGCUCAUCAUUUUGCCGAGACUCGUGCAGCUCAUACAGUCGCAGGGCAAGUUCGCCGAGUCCGUGGAUAUGCUGCUAGAACUGGAGUACGUGUCGCAAAACAAUAUCGAUCUGUCGGGCAUAACGUGGUAUUACUCGUUGUGUGUCGAUUUGUUACUCGAAAUCGGUGUCUCGGUAUUACCGCUGCACAAGUGCGAGGAGUUUUACCAGGAGGAGAGCAGCAAGAUCACAAACGCCAAGGACUUUGAGGCUGCCAAGAGAUUUUUCGUCUGCAUGUGGCUUUGGUACAUAAGAAUCGGCGACUGGGAAUCUGCCUUUGUGUGGAAAGACAGAGAAUGUGACCUCAACGUGUUUAACGAUUACACGGUUACCGGGGCUAUAACGACAUUGAAGAAACUCGAGGGCUUGAUAAUCAAUUAUGUUGCAAGGAUGAACAACAAAAACUUGAAGGAUGCCGCGGUAGUGCUGAAAAGAAUUAAGGAGGAGCUCAGAAUCAUCAAGGACACGCGCAAGGUCGUGAAAAUUGUGGAAUCGAGGUAUUUUCUGUUGAAAGCUUACUACAAUAUGGCGAGGUGUCGCAGGAAAAAGGGUCUGGCGAUUUUGCGGGGGGCUAAAAAAUACGCGUUCGACCGAGGAAACCAACUGAUAUACCUUUGGGCCGAUCAUUGCGAGAAGGCGUGGACGGGCUCCUUGAAUCCUAUCCAGGAGAAUUGCUGGAAAGACGAGUGCAUGAGAAACAAGCCAGUGGUCGACUGGCAAGAGAUCGACUUGGAAAAUCGUGAAAUAUUACAUUACACUUUGCCGAUACCAAGGGAAUGUUAA